UUCACACAACAAACAAUUUCAAGCUUUCGUCAGAGGAAUCGAUUCAAGUUCAAAGAGGCUUAAAUCUAAUUUUGAGGCAAUUUUUGCGAAGUACAGCAAGCCUUGCAAGAAUGAUGCAGUUAUUGACCUGUACUCCUUUGAAGUGGUUGGAAACAAAGCGGCACUGCAUAACAUCAAAGGCUGCCAUCUAUUUGGAGCCUCCAAGCUGAAGAGCACACGCAGAAAAGAUGAAAUUCUUCAAAGCAUGACAGCUGCUCCACGAUCUUGCACCAUCGACCCAAACGUCUCCAUGGCCAUUGCUCGUGAGUUAGAGAACUCGAGACGAGAGUAUGGAGCUAGAGAUGAUGUGAGUGAUUCCGAGACACUCUCUUCCUGCAGCAGUUCUUAUCCCAGCGACGAAGAGGACUGUGCGGAGUACAGUGAAGAGGAUGAUGGUAGUGAAAGUGAGGAGGAAGGAAGCAUGUCAGAGCAGGAUGAUACAGACGAUAAAGGGGACUCUGCAAGUUUUAAUGGAACGGAAAUCUCUAAUACGAAUCUGGAGGAGGUGGCAGCUGAAAGCGGAUUGGGACAAGGACAGACAGAAGAAGUGAUGGACGAGGAAAACUCAUCAGCAGGGAGCAUGUCUUCUGUAACUUUGUGUUCCAAAGAUGACUUUGUUACAGAUGAAAGCUCUGUUUGUCAAACAGACCAUAGGAAGAAAGCCAGUGUAAGCGUAGAAGAAAAUAGAGUUGUUGAAGCAUCUGAAGGGUCAGGGGCAACCCGACCUAUGACCUCUGCCUUACAGAGACUGGCGUUGAGCACGGACAGCUCUUCACAUUCACACCACUCCGCCGUUCGACCAGUGCAUUCCUGUGAGAAAUCGUUUGUGGGGCCACCUCAGAGCUGCUCUUCUUUCAGAACGCUAAGUUCCCCAGAGCCCUCUACUUAUGUCUCACCUCGUAGUCGUAGGGACAAGCAAGUUUUAUCAGUUCGGCACGUGCUGUCUGAAGACAAAACAUCUUUUACGGGGUCACCUCAGAACGGCUCUUGUCUCAGCCGGUUGGACCAAUUAGAGACGUCAUUUGUUUCCGUGCACAGCCCAAGGAGCAAGAGAAAUUUCAGGUCUUUAUCUGGCCAACCAACUCCUACAUCUCCACACAACUCUUCCUUUCUGGGCAAGUUGAACACCUCCGAGAACUCCUCCUUUGUGUCCAUUCAGAGCUCGAGAGGUAAGAGAAUAAUCUCUCCUCACACAGACGGUAGCAGCUCAUUCUUCAAGAAGUCAGGCAAACUAAAUCACACCUCAUUUCCUAGCAGCCCUGAUUUGAACACUUCGUUUGACAAAACUUUUGUUGUAUCUGAUCAAAGUGAAACUUUAGUGAAAAAGGGAGCGUCCAAGCCCUUUAUGUACCAUGAGUCUUUCCUUGAGAAGUCUUCCCCUGCACCUCCUGGGAAUGAUACUUCACAAAAUCAUAAAGUAAAUGAAACUUUUACCCACAGAGAGUCAUUCACAAUUAAGCCUUCAAAAUUGAGCAUGCAAAAUUCCUGUCUAUCAGAGAAUAUGGACACUCAACAGUGCUUUGCCGACGAAACCUCCGGACCUUUUAAUGGUGCAGCACGUCGCCAGUUUUCCCCGUCAAUCAGGCAAACUUGUCAGGGUUCCUCUCCAAAGAAAGGACUUGAAUCAUCUGAAGUGGUGGGUCAAUCACCCCGGCACAGUGGGCAUGCCAGAGGCCUUGCUUCGAGUCCGACUGCAGAAAGGACAAAUCAGAGAACUGAGAAUUCUGGUGCAACUUUCAAAAGUCCUCAGGGCAUCAAAGUGAGACGAGUGGCACCUAAGGCUGUUCCAAAAGACAAACUUACCACUAUGGGUGCUAAGAAAAGUCUUUUUGCCGCAGGUUCUUUUCCUCCACAACAACACAUUAAAUCAGAUUGCGGUGUGCAAGGAAAACUCGAUAUUACCUCUGCAAAAAGCAGGAUCAGGGAGAAAACGGUGCCAAAUUCUAGGACACCAGAAUCUGUGCAAGACGAUGAGAUUCAAAAGGCUCCUGCCAAGACAAACAGAAAUGGUUCUCACUCGAAAACGCCAGAUUUAGCCCGUAGUGCUCCGUGCUUCAGUCCAAAACACUGUGGUGUUGUGUCUAAUGGUGACAAGAUCCUUCCCAGCUUGGUGCCAGCAGCAAGUAGCAACAAAUGCCCAACACCGUCUGUAAAUACAGAACCAACUGGUAUGCCGAAGAAAAUGUCCUUAGAUGUUUCCUUUUCUUCGGGGAGUGUGGAUGAACCUUCCGCUUUAGACAGUUACAGCUUUGUGAUGCACUCUCCGGUUCAGCAGUCCAGAAGUCACAAAUGUUUCUCCUCUGAGAAAGUCUCUGAUGUUAAAGCAGCGUGUCAUGGCCUUCAGAGGAGUGAUGUGCAGUUGGACUCCGGACAGACAUCUGUGGGGGCUGCUGACGUCAGUAUCACAGACUCGAUACAGAAUCUCGCUCUGCACCCGCCUCGACCUGUAGAGACAGGAAAAAGUGUAGGUGUAAAUACGAUAAUGGCACAGAGGCAGGAUGGAAACGACGUUUGUGCUGACAGGGAUGUGAGCUUCUUGUUUGGGUCCUCCUGUACUUCCAGUCCAGCGUUCAGUGACUUAAACCCGGUCAACAGUAAUCAGGAACACAGAAAAGUUACCAGGGCAACAAGGUAUUCCCAAGUCACUUCUCCUGAUAGAGGUUUUGCUUUCUCAGAGUCCCGCAUCCGGGGGAAGUCACUGUUUCAAUACGGCUUUGAUCCUCAGAAGUGGUUGUCCACAAACUGUCCUGUGACUCCCAGUUGCCGGCAGUUGAAACGUAAAGCUUCAUGGUCUCAGACCAGUGACUACUUCACCGACACCUCUUCGCCCCGAGCAGCAAGGUUUGGGCUGCACGACCAAACUCGAGAUGACCUACUCAGCUUGAACCAAACCUUCGCUGCUGCUCCUGCAGCUAGUGGGGGCAGUACAUCCGCAGAUCAAAACAGAGUGGAGACAGGGAGAGAAAGUGACAACAAAUGCUCUUCGUGCCAGCAGCCAUUGGCUAGUCCAAAGGCAAUGUCGGUCAUAAAUGAAUGUAGUGGACGGGAGUCCCAGAACGCUUUUGAAUUCAAAAGCCCGAUUUCUGAAUUGCACUUGAUAAGAAAGCCUAUCAAAAUUAAUCGUAACAUCUGCUUUAGUGUGAUCAAGCAACGAUACAAACCUCCACAAUUCUCCCUGACCCAGGAGGAAGUGCGUGAGUUGUGUUCUGCUGACGCAUGGGAAGACACAAAGUCCCCGAGUGGCCCCCAGCACUUCCGUUCUGGUGGAGAUGAGGAAAACGAUGGGCUCAGACCUCCCUCAAAUGGUACUAGACUGUGCAGAUGGAUUGAGGAAGCCAAGCAACAGUUAGUCGCUGCUCCGAUUCAACAUUACUCUUGUCCACCCAAAAUGCCGGAGAAGUACCCAGACAUCCAGAGGAUCAGUAGUCAGGUAGGAGUAGAAGUGCCUACGACGUAUGUCUGCAGCAAGUCACCUGCUCUUGUGCACGGCUCGACCAACAUGAAGGAUGCAGCUGUUCAAGCAUCUCUAAGCCCGUCUGUUCUGCCCCAUGUGACUUACUCGGGUAGAGAAAAUCAGAACCCUUGCCCUGUGACGCGCUCUCCUGUGUCUUCCACAUUCAUCAACGAUAAAAAUUUCUUUGAAAAUCAACGCCACAUUUCGAACAACGGCACAACUUUCUCCUCAGUUCCAAAUGACACAUGUUCUGGUCACAUCCCCAGCAGACCGGAGUCUUUGGGAAAUCAGUGUCGUACAUCCUCCGUGCAGGCCAAAGUGACAGUCAAUCAAAGAAGCCCUAAUAAAGUCAAGCUACAUUGUAACAAAAAUGAACAAAGUCCUCGUUUAUUAAACACGUUUUCCAAAAAUUCAUUUUCUGCACGUGCGCUCGAAGCCUGGAGGGAUAUCCAGGCAGAUCGGUCAGAUCUAGAUGUGGACAACUCACUCCCUUUAAGUGAAAGACACUCAAUGACACAGAACUUUGGGUGCUCACACUUUGCCGGCAGUGAUUGUGCCUUAGGUAGCUCUGGGAACGUUGCUGUGGCUGAGAACGCGAAUGGAAUGUCAAUAGAUGAGGCAGAUGAAAACAGUAUGUCUCUUGCGUACUCCCCGAAGUGUGGCAUAAGAAGAUCGGAGUCUGUGAUAUCACCGCAGCGACAUUUUGGAGAUCAUAGUUCACAUCGCAAGGGUGCCUCAUCUCCACAGAAGAACAGUUCAAAAUUUACUUUCUCUGUACCAAACAACCCGAAGGCCUUGCAAACUUCUGUCAUGUUCCCCUUAGCCUAUAUUGAAGAGUUCUCCCCUUCCAACCCCAGGCGAAGAGACAGCGACGCUGUGUCUGUCGAGCAUCAGAGAGAGUCUCUCUCUUCCUUAAGUAUCCAGCAACAUUUGAAGGCGUUUCGUCCUAGACGACACAUGACUCACAGAACAAGAUCAGCACCCAGUGCUGUUGAGGAGAACUGUGAUCCCUGGGGAGAACCCCCUAGUGCAUUAACCGACUGCCGACAAGACAGCUUUUCCAAACGGAGAAAAAUUUCAAGACCCCCUUUUACAUCAAUAGAAAAAGUAAACAGCUCCUUUAUUUCUUCCUCUAGCUCUGCUCCUGGUUAUCAGGACUCUCGUCCAGUAAGUCUCUCCAGCAAUUGGGAGGAUGGGUUGCAUCAUAAUUCGGCUGCGGCAGGCACGAUCAUGGCUCAUGGCAGAGCAAGCACCCCGGUGAGAGACACUAAGGGUACUCCGUUGUUCCCUCUCGAUGAAACCGUGUCUACUAUUUUUAGCCCGCCAGAAUCGGACACGGGCUGUGAUGCACCGAGUGUGGGGGAAGUUUCACUGGAAGAGACAACAGAGGUAACGGUGACCCCCGGGACUGACUCGGACUCCGAGGUUGACUUAAUUUAACGUGUGUGCCUUUUCAAGAGACUUGGGUUACUUGGAACUUUGACCUGACAUUUCAUGAUAGGGUACCAGUGAAGUAGAGGGCUAUUUUAAAUAGAUAUGGUGCUGUACAGUAUGAAUUAGAAUGCUUUUGAGUUUUAUCUAAACCUAGUCAUUUUGAUUUGUUUUUUUUUGUUUUUCGUUAGAUUUUAUUGGUUGGAAUGCCUUAGCAGCAAUGUUUAUUAUGUUGUCGUGCCUGCCUUAUGUAAUUAUGCAUGUGAAUGUUUUACGCCCUCGUGGACACAGUUUAGAUAAUUUAGAAUUUAGGAGGUGGGCUACUUCAACACUGCAUGCCCAGGCCAACCAGAUUUGAUCGAGCUACAAUGUCCCAGGAUACAGAUGGACAAAAAGACUUCCCCACACAGGAAUUGAACGAAUGCUUAGUGUGUGGGACACAAGAGAAAGUAACUUACACCAUAGAUGUCGGUUCUAUCUUGUGGUCAUAGAUAUGUUAGUUUAGUUUGAGGCAUCGUAAUGAAAUCAGGUGCGCGUCAAAAUAAUUAAAUCGAAAAAAGCGGCUUUUUCAGCAGGUUAGCUAAUUUUAAUCAAAUUUUAUUAUUUUGCUGAUUGGUUAAAAGCAAAUAAAAUGUGCAUUUUCAAUUUCCAAGGACUCUAAAGCCAUGGGAGUGGAAGUCGCUAAACUUUGGUGUCCAUUUUCUCGCUAAUUUUACCGCUGGAACCCGACGACCUCCACCUCCAGUCCUCCUUCAGUAGCAAAUAUCUCGACAUCUAUUCAAGAUAGAUGGUGCUGAAUAGGUGCUUUUUUAUUGAGAGCAGGACAAAUGACCAUGCUUGAAGACGUUACCAAUAACUCCACAUGCCCAUAAAAUUGACGAGUGCCUGUUUCCACCACGGCAUGACAGACACAUAUAUAUAUAUAUAAUAUAUACAUGUCUCUCAUCAUCACAGAGUGCAUCGAAUUUCUUGUCAUUUUAUGCUCCUACUGUAGUUGCUCCUGUGUUGUUGUUCUUUUAGGAAUUUUUUUUUUUUAAUGCCAGAUGUGAAACAGGCAUCUGCACCAAGAUUUGUCACUCAUUUCUUUGUUUGUUGAAUGCUCUGAGAGGAAACCUAAAUAUUAUCCUGGUGCUUUUUUAUUCUUGGUGUUCUCAGAAGUUUAUGAUUGCAGGGUAAUUAGGAUAGAAUGGCCAGUGUUGAAUUUGAUAAUCUUUUUGAAAGUUUUUUUGUGUGUUUUAUCCAUAAUUGACGCAGCAGUGGCGGGUAACUUUCUGUAUUUCAAAAAAUUGUUGCAUCAAUUCCCAGGCUUAAAGCUUUUGAAAUAAAUGUUGAUGUUUUUACACCCCCAUCGACACAAUUUAGACCAUUAAAGGAGCUCAGGCUUCUGACCCUACCUGCCAGGGCUGAGAGAGAUGCAAGCAAUGUUCCAGAAGAGAGACAGAUACUCGGAAAAAAUUUCUCCCCACUCUGGAAUCGAACUCAGGUAUCCUGCAUGUGAUGGCGAAACGCGUAACUGCUACUGUAUAGACGCCAGUAAUUCUCCGACAAGACGAGUGCAAUGCACUUAUAUAAUCACAAAGAGAACAUCUUAUUUAUGGCCUUGUCAUAUAAUUUGAUUAUUGGAAUUAAUUCUUCACUGGCCAGAAAUUCUUGUGGCUAGAGCUAAAUUUGGACAUUAGUUGCUGGAGUAAAGCCCACAUUCAACUGGCUGAGAAAUGAUUUUGAUGUUGUCCAGGAAAAUGUGUUUUUGUACCUAGUAAGUCUCUAAAUCUUCCUCUAAAACAUGGCCAGCUUUCAGCUUGCCGAGAACUGAUGAUUUAGGACAAAUGUUGUCCACAAAGGCACUGUCUUUUUAAAAAAUACUUUAUGGUCAUGUAGUGUAGGCUUUCUCAAAAUUGUGACGGUCAAUAAUUUUGCAUAGACAUCAAAAUUGCCUGUUAAUAUAUAAACGUAAAAAUGGGCUCAAAGAAUGUGGUGCAAGCUAUUGCAGUUCUUGUUUUAUAUAAAUUUAAAAAGAAAGUUUUAUAGCUAGAUCUACCCAAAUAUUUAGUUGCACUGCAAGAGCUGUUGUUGUAUAAAGUUCAGAGAUGGUGACAUUUUUAAUUCUCUUGUGGAUUCGCAUUAUAUAUUUUCUCACAUCUUCUGUACCAGGGUUGUUUUUAUUUUGAAUUCAAUGAUAUUUUUAGAUAAAUUAUGUUGGAAAGGUUACAAUUUUACUCAAUGAUCUACAGCCAAAAUUUGCCCACCAGUUGUUAUUAUAUCCCAGCACAUAUUAUAAAUGGUUGAUACUUACUAUGUUAUUAUAUUUAUAUCUCAGCACAUUAUCCAUUACUCUGUGCUGAUUAAUAUUUUUUUAAAUUUCCCUGUCUGCUUAUUUGUUAGAGCACAAAACCUUGUAUAUAUAUAUGCAUGCAAGUACAUAUUUGAUGUAAAAUCUGAAUCUAAAGUUUAUGUAGCCAACAAUACGUCAUGUAUUUGUUUUUGUAACAUUGCUUUUCAACUCUUUUAUAAAAAUGUUUUGAUGUAGAAUUUUUGAAUAAUUUAGUCUCAUUUCAUUGCAUUCUACUGGUUCAUGUUAAUUGACAUUAAUAUUAUGCAGAGGAAUGGGAAAUAAUAUUUCAGCUCUUUGAAAAUGUACAUCAAAAUAUUGUCUAGGUAAGGGUAUGUUGCAUCAGUUUUUAUAUAUAUGUUGAAAAGAGUCACACAGUUUUAAUCUCUUUCUUUGUGAAAGCUGUUGCCUGUUAAAACGAAGCGUGGAAUAAAAGUAUGGUACAUUUUGAAAAAAA